CUCGAUUGUGUGCAAAAUAUUAUUUCAUUUAUAAUAAUUUAUUAUUAAUUUCUAGUAAACUUAUUUACGAUACAAAAUGACGGACGCUUCAAGCAUUAUGAGCAUUAGGGAGUUAAUAGAUACAGCAUUUGGCGAUGCCAACGUGAACAUAGUGAAUCACAAGCUCAUACAAACCAUACUUGUAAUUCUGGCACGACAACUUCGGCUGUUGGAGAGGCGCGUUGAAGUUGAAAUACCUGCAGUGGAAUACUCUUCAGGAACAAGCCUUUCGGUGACCGAAGUCAAACUACAAGCAAAUGUACCCCGUAAGAAAAAAGGCAAAGGAGCUGCCACUAGUGCCACAUUCGCUGGAGCCACCAGUUCAACCACUGCCGCUGGCCAAAAAGGCUUAAGGCCAGGCCAAUCUCAGUAUAGGCCAGGCAUGCAAGAAGUUGCAUCUAAAGCAUCGGCAAUGUCAUAUGAUAAAACAUCAUCUUCGGGGACAAAAUCUACAACUGAUAGGUCAAAAUCAACCUCAGACAAAACUAGCACAGAGAAAUCUUCAUCUGGUUUCACGUCAUCUGCUACAAAAUCAACGACUGACAAGUCCAGCUCAGACAGAACUAGUUCCCUUAAAACUAGCUCAGACAAAACCAGUUCAGAUAAAACAUCAACCGAGAAAACAUCAUCUAGUAAAACGCAAUCUGAAACCGAAGUAACAAAAUCAUCAUCGGAGAAAAAAACUACGUCAGAUGAAACAACAACACUUAAAACAUCUUCCGGUACUAAAUCUACAACUGGACCCUCUUCUACUGACAAAACAUCAGGAGAGAAAACAUCGACUGAGAAAUCAUCAACGGAUAAAACGUCUACAGAAAAAACUUCAACUGACAAAACAUCCUCUUCAGAUAAGCCUUUACCACAGGAUUACCAGAAGCGGCUGGAAAAAAUCGAAGAACAGAGGGAACGAGAGCUGCGAAUUAUCCAUCAGAGAGCCGAUUCACGAGAAGAGCAGGAAAAAACGCCUACUCCGAUGGCUUCCUUAGAAUCAAUGGAGAAACAGUAUGAAAAAUUGUUAAUUGUGGAACGUGUACCAUCAGACAAAAUAAAAGCUGCAGAAAGUCGAUCACAAGCUGGAGUUGGCGGAAAAUCGAAGCCGUUAUCUGUCGUGACUCAAGAUGAAUUUAUGGAACUUGCUACAAUAGUUCGCCAACUGCAAGACCGAUACAAAAUAGCAGGAGCUCCAAGCUUUCCCGAAAAUGCAAAAUUAUUGAAUGACUUACGCAAAGGUGCUUCACUAACUGACGCAAUGGCCGCAUUGCAACUUUCGGCUAGAGUAGAAGCUGCAGAAAAAACUUUGGAAAGACUGCUAGCAGUGGUAACUGAAAUAGUCGUCAAAAUUUAUGUAGGGGGAGAGAUAACAGGACCAAUAGAUGUUGAAGCUUUGAUAAAGUUGAGCCAAGGACUUAUUGCCCCAGAACAAUUUGCAGAAGUCAUAAAUGAAAUAAAAGAAAUGGAAGAAACAGAAGAGCCGCCUCAAGCUGCUCCAGUCCCCGCUAAACGUAAAUCUACUAUGCCAAAAGAAGCUUUAGCCAAAUCGAAAAAAUCCAUUGUAUCCAAAGCAGAAUCAAAAGAAUCGGUAGCGGUAUUAUCUAUGAUGGAUACAAAACUGCCGUCAGAAACUGAAGUAACUGCUGAACCAGCACAAGAACCUGCUGCGCCAGAAGAAGAAUCUAAAGAAAAAACUGACUCUGUGACUUACGAAGAACUAGAUAAUGCACUGCAAGAAUUGUAUGAUGAAUGUUUGAAAAUGGUUACUACUUCGACAAAUCGCAGUAACACGAAUGCUAACAAUGCAAUAAAAAUUGCUAAUAGAUUAGAAGGAAGAUUGGAAGACUCUCUGAACCUAGGAGAUCGAAUGUUUGACUUGGAAAAACUAGUCUCGGAGUAUGCUGAUCAGAUAAAUACCCUUGACACUGGCUUGUCGUCACAGAUGACUAACUAUCAAGAACAAUUAACACAAAUGCAACACGAUCUUGAAUCUGGAUUAGAAGCCAUGGCAGAAGCUUUAGCAAACACAGGAGGAGAUACGGCAGCUGUUGCUGAAUUGAACAACCACUUCACAAAUCUACAAACGGACCUCGACACUGCUGCAUCAAGACAAAAAGAGCUUAGAGAUAUACAAAACGCUCUAUCAUUGGAUCUUCAGUCUCUGUGGAAACAAAUAGAAAUACUACGAGAUACCAAAUCGGAUCGAGAUGAAGUGGCAGAUGCACUGCGCGAUAAAGCUGGUCUUGGUGCUCUAAAUGGAUUGGUGUCUCGUCAAGAAUUUGACGCAGUACGAGGAGAUUUUGAAAAACGCAUUGGAUCAGCUUACGAUAAGUUUAACAAUCAAGAGAUUGUUUGGCAAAAAGCAAUAGAUGAUCUAAUAAGAGAGCUGAACGAGAAAGCAGACUGGAUUCAAGUGGUUUCUUUGCAAGGUAGCAUCAAUAAGUACCUUGAAAAGUUUCGAAACAAGAUUCGUGAAAUGGAAGAGGUUGUGGGUGAACCUCGCGCUGCCACUGUUUCGAGAAAACUACACCGCGACGCUGAAUGCUUAUCUUGCGCCACUGCUGCGCAUAUGGAUAUAGAAGAACCCAACAAGUUGCCAUUAAUGCCCGGUUUUCCAUCUUCACGACCACCGGCUAUUGGUGCGGAAGCCAAAACUAAGCCGUCUGAAGAUGAGGAUCAUAGAGGCGUUUGUUAUCCUGGCAUGCCAGUACCUCAUGCUAUAGAUCCAAGAGCCCAUGUCUGUCAUCGAUACUGUGGCGGUUCUCACACGUUAAUAAAUAAUACAUUAAGCCGCGCCCCAGCAGGCAUGAUAAUAAACCCGGCCCUGCGACAAGUCAGCACCGCAGUUGGGACUGAUGGAAGGCUGUACAUGGUUGAUGGAGAUAAUGUGAAGAAGCCUUGCUUGCCAUGUAACUAUAAGAAAACUUUCACAACUCCAGAGCCUUCGGAAGCUGAACCAGCUCCAAUGGCGAUGCAUGACGAUUUUGGAUCUGAUAUGACGCCGCAGGACUAUCGACAACCAUCAAUGCAAGCCACUGGCGGAUCGGAUAUCGUCUCCGUAACUCCACCGCCGCCGAUGGACGAUGACUGAGGCUUUACUUUAUUAAUCAUAUUUUAUUAACUUUAAUAAUAAUUAAAUUUCUUGUUUCU